AUGCAUCAAAGAAGGCUACCUCAUGAAGCAAACAAGCUCAUUCCAGAGAUGGAGAAGGAGGUAUUUCAAGAUUAAAGGAAGGAACCUUUACUAUGCGAAAGACAGCAAUUCUGAAAUAUUUGAAGAGGUUGAUCUGACAGAUGUAAGCGUUGCCGAGAACAGUACCAAAAAUGUUAACAAUAGUUUCAGGGUCAUCACACCAUUCCGCACUUUAAUACUUUGUGCCUAUAGCAGAAAGGAGAUGGAGGAUUGGAUAAGCGCGCUCCGAUCAACGACCAACAGGGAUUUCUAUGAAGUAAGGGUAGUGGUGAUGGUGGUGGUUGUGGUGGUGUCUGCGGUGGCACAGGUAGUUAGGGUAUUUGUGGGUGGAGGUGCUUGCGGUGAUGGUGAUGAUGAUCAUAGUGAUGAUGAUGUUGAUGUUGAUGUUGAUGGUGAUGAUGAUGAUGAUGAUGAUGAUGAUAAUGAUGAUGAUGAUGAUGAUGAUGAUGAUGAUGAUAAUGAUGAUGAUGAUGAUGAUGAUGAUGGUGAUGAUGAUGAUGAUGAUGGUGGUGGUGGUGAAGGUAAUGGUGAUGAUGAUGGUGGUGGUGAUGAUGAUGGUGGUGGUGGUGAUGAUGAUGAUGAUGUUGGUGAUGAUGAUGAUGAUGAUGAUGAUGAUGAUGAUGAUGAUGAUGAUGAUGAUGAUGAUGAUGAUGAUGAUGAUGAUGAUGAUGAUGGUGGUGGUGGUGAUGAUGAUGGUGGUGGUGGUGAUGAUGAUGAUGAUGAUGGUGAUGAUGAUGAUGAUGAUGGUGGUGGUGGUGAAGGUAAUGGUGAUGAUGAUGGUGGUGGUGAUGAUGAUGGUGGUGGUGGUGAUGAUGAUGAUGAUGUUGGUGAUGAUGAUGAUGAUGAUGAUGAUGAUGAUGAUGAUGAUGAUGAUGAUGAUGAUGAUGAUGAUGAUGAUGAUGAUGAUGGUGGUGGUGGUGAUGAUGAUGGUGGUGGUGGUGAUGAUGAUGAUGAUGUUGGUGAUGAUGAUGAUGAUGAUGAUGAUGAUGAUGAUGAUGAUGAUGAUGAUGAUGAUGAUGAUGGUGGUGAUGAUGAUGAUGGUGGUGGUGGUGAAGGUAAUGGUGAUGAUGAUGGUGGUGGUGGUGAUGAUGAUUGUGAUCAUGAUAAUGAUGACAAUGGCAGUAGGUUUAGUCAUUCCUCAAGUGUACUUUUCACUUCAUCCAUAUUCUUCCUGUGGUUUGAAAGAAAUUUAUAUUGAAGUCGCUGGUUUUCACUUGAUAUUGUCGGCAGAAUCUAAUAUCCUUUUACUGGAAUAAAUAUGCAUGAGAUUUUUACCACAAUCCCCUUUCCCUUGAUCUAAUCAGUUUCUGAACAUUCAUGGGUUCUAUGUUGCCAGAUAGUACAGCAGACUUUAUUAUUCAUUUGUUCCCUUCGCAGUAGAUUUUCUUUGUUUUCAAACAAGAAUUUAAACUUUUCCAUCCCUGUAUUAUUUGUCUUCGCUUUUUAUGAGAAGAUGAUGUUGAUGUUGUCUUUUACAUUUUUGAUUGAGUUCUCUUUUGCUUGAAAGAUAUAUGAUACCAUUAUAUUUUCUCAUAUGAGUGAUCAUCUAGAUCAUGAUAAUGAAAAUACAAACUCUCUGUAUGAGCUGUUGCUGUUUUAUCAAGUUUACUGACAAACGUUUCUGACCAUGUGCACACAUGUUUCUGCACGUGUGAAGCAUCAGGCUUAUUUUUGAAAAAAUGAUUUUGUAUCCAUGCACUUAAUGGAAUCAAAUGGUCGUUUAAUUCCUGUCUAGUGGCUUUAAUGAGUUCUGUCUGGCUAUAAAAAAAGAGUUAAUUAGACCAUUAUACUCUAACCAUGUAAGCGGUCAUCAAGAAAAUGCAAAAUCUUUUUGUGAAAAGUCUGUUUGUAAUUGCUGUUUCAGCGAGCAUAAAUGGCACAUGUUUCGAAGCAUGUGAUAUAUCUUGCUUAUUUGAUUUUUUAAAUUUUUUUGUCUUUAUGGAAUGACACGUGCAAUUUCACUUCAAAUGAAUAGUUCAUUAAGCUCCAAAGCAGCUAACUGGUAGCGUAGGAGGGAAUGAUGAUUAAAGGAGAAUCAUUUUAGAAGCACUUUGCGGCAAAGAAGAAGCUUCUCAAAUUGCUUUUUCAUUUUUUAAUUUCUCUUGAUUAAGUUAGAUUGAAUGAUUAUGAUAUUAACGAUUGUUAUUUCCAUCUAGAAACAAACUAUUCCAAGGCACACUACUACUGUUAAUAUUGCCUCGGCAUUAGCUUCAGCUGCUGCUUUCAGUAAAUGCAAUGCAUUUAUGUAAUUAAUCCUGCCAUGUCAUAUUACGAUGAAGGCUAAUUUAUAAAGAAGUAUUGUAAUUACAUGUUUGAAUUUAUUGCUAUUUUGUGUUAUUCCAUGUAGACACCAGCCAAUGUGGAGAACCUCUCGACGGAAUUUUCAAUUCUUUUAAGUGAUCCCCAUGCAUUGGCUGGUGCUCAAUUUUACAUUUCUUUUGUAAUGUUUCUAUUGCUGUCAUGUUUUCUUGCCUGGAAAUGAAAUAAAUAAAAUAAAAAAAAUAAAAUGUUCCCAUUUACCUCACCUGGGUUGAGAGCAGCACAAUAUGGGUGAAUUUCUUGCUGAAGAAAACACACCAUGGCUGGGUUUCUGGAUUUGAACCCACAACCCAUUGAGUGAAAUACGAGAGUCAAGACCACCAGACCAUGGUGCACCCUUAUCAGGUCAAAAAAUGAAUAAAUAUGGGGGGGGGGGGUACUUUUCACAACUUACUGCCUAAAUCUGCAACAUGGGAUAAGCUUUAACAUUGUGCUGAAUGUGGAUUUUUCAUGGCUCCUUUUUUAGUUUCCAGGGCUAAAUUACCCCAGCCACCGUGUAUUCCCCCCCCCCUCCAACCCUUGUACUCGAUUGACGACAUUCUUUUUUGAUGUGCUUAUGUCAAGUUAGUGAGGUAGGAUCCUCCCCUUACAUAGCACCUAUCUAAUUUUGCAAGUUGGAAUAUAUUCUUGCCACUUUAUAUAAAAAUCAUAGUCGAUAUAUUAAGUGUUUAAUUGGAUAUUCCUAUGAAUUGUUUGUUUGAGAAAAAAUAGGUAGUUGAAUAUCAACAGGAAUGAUUG